AUGAAAGAGUUUAACGUUGUUGAGUUACUCGGUGCUAGUAUACCCGUUAUUCGUCCGAAGGAAACCAAGUUGAUCAUUGUGACAGGAGCAAUCGCGGUGGGAAAGACAACUUUCGCACGAGAUCUACUCAAUCAUCUUAUCAACCAAGGAUAUCAUGUGACAUUGCGUGUGGAGGUGGCACGAACACUUGAGAAUGAAUUCCGAUUAUAUCAGGGUGAUUCGGAAAAAUAUGCAUGCUUCUUUCAGUAUGCGAUGAUCCGAGCAUAUUAUAAUGAGAUGAAAGAGAUCAAGAAAUUGAAAAAUUAUGAUUAUAUCAUUCUUGAUAGAACUUAUCUUGAUACGAUUCCUUUCAUGAACGUGAUUAUUCCAGAUGGAGAUAUAGAAGUCUUGGAGAUGCUUAAUGAUGAAUUGAGUAAGAUUGAGUUUCCAUUUGAUGUCGCGAAGGUGAUAUAUCUAAAGCCAUCUUGUGAUAAGAUGUUAGAUCGUUACAGGAUUCGUGAGCUUGAUGAGCGUGUGAAGGAUGGUGGUGUGGAUGUGGGUUAUGAUGAUGAUUAUCUUAUGGCAAUUUAUGAUCAAUAUGACUUGUGUAUGGAUAAGAUGUAUUCGAGUUAUAUGAGGGUUAUGGAAAUGAUAACACGUGAAAAUUUAUUGAUUGGUGAUUGUGAUUAUGAUGGUGUACAAUUUCAUUUUCUUCCUAUUGAUGUUGAUGAAUCAACAUUAUAUGGAACCGGUGAUUAUGUAUUGAGAUUACAUGGAAUUUUGACAAACGGUCGUAGGAUGCGAAUUGAUGUGUGUGGAAUUAAACCAUUUUUCGAUAUUCUGAUAGAUGGGGUGAAUGUGGAUGAUAUGUUAUCAGAGAUCGAAUGUGAAUCACAUGAGGUGAUUCAAGCAAAACCGAUUAAUUUAUUUUGUGGAAACACCAAGGAAUUUGUUCGUUUUUACUUUAAGAAUAGUGGAAUUCGAUCGAAACAAUUGAGGAUGGUGAAGGAUCGAUAUGUGACAUACUCUAACGAUCUUACAUUUCACUAUCGCAAGGUAUUAAGAGAGGGUAAGAUUGAUGUGACACGAUGGAAGAUGGUUAAAUCAAGUGAAUUGAUGUAUGGAAAUAAUCAAUAUCGAAAGGUGUUAAAG